AGGAGCCACGGGUCAUUAUCGACGUCACCCUCGACCGUGGGAAUCAUGAUCCGACAACCCAGCAGUGUGAUUAUCGCAGGCCCCUCAGGUAGUGGCAAGACGGAUUUGGUGGAACAAUGGUUACGGUACCUGAACGUGUUUCAAGUCAAACCCCGUAAGAUUGUGUAUGCCUAUGAUCGUUGGCAACCCCGAUUCGAGCGGAUGCAACAAAAGGAUGGGAUUCAAUUUUAUCGCGGGUUACCGGACCCUCGUCAUUUGACGCAAUGGUUUGGUCGAACGCGUGGCGGGGUGCUGGUCUUGGACGACCUGAUGGAAGAAGGGGGACAAGACAAGCGCGUGUUGGAUUUGUUCACCAAAGAUUCGCAUCAUCGCAACAUCACGGUGUUGUAUUUGACGCAAGAUUUAUUCCCGCCGGGCAAAUUUUCCAAGACCAUUAAUCGCAACGCGCAUUACAUUGUGGCCUUCAAAAACCCUCGGGAUCAAACAGGGAUACGGACGAUUUUAUUGCAAGCCUUUCCAGAUCGGUGGCGUCAAGUCUUGCGCCUAUUUAAACGCAUCACGGCCCGUCCGUUUGGCUAUUUAAUGUUGGAUGUACAUCCAGCGUCGGAUGAUCGCUACCGUUUGUGGAGCCAUUUAACGCCCCGAGAAGGCAAAGCCCAAGUCCACACCUUGCGGGCGGAUGUCCCUGCCGAUCGAAAACGCGCUGCUACGAGAACGCGAACGUCAACGGCGGCAAAGAGAAGGCGGACAACAUACUGAGUUAGCUGCUCGCAUGGACGCUCACACGCCCGCGGGGGUAGGUUCCCCGUCGGUCCUCCGAGAUCUCAGCAGCAUGACGGACAUGGUGACCGAAUUGUCUCGACCCGUGGAUCGUGCCCAAUUGCAGCAAGACAUUGACAAUUUCAAUUUGACCUACCCGGUCAAUGUAGACGAUGCCUUGAAUGCCUUCACACUCCCGCCCGUGGCAGGCACUGGUACAGCCCCUGUCACCACUGCCACCACCACCACCACCACGGCAGCCCCAACCCGCCCCACGACCACCACCACCAGCCGACCACGACCCGUCACGUCCACCCGAACACGCCCUACCACCACGGCUACGACCACCACCGCCCCUGCCCGCCCCUCCACCUCCCGCCGCAGUGUUGGGGCAGGGACCAGGACCACCACCUCGACGACAACGACCCCCACGGGACGCCCCACCAUCGCCGCCAAACAACCGCGACGGCGCCCCAGGGUGCCCUCCCCACCGUCCCCGGUUCGUCCCCUCCGUCCGAUGACGAGGAUGGCGAUGAUGAUGAUGACGAUCGACGGCGAGGCUUAAGGCGACGGUUGGAUUUGCUCAAUGAAGAUGCUCAAGAACGGGCACGAGGUCGACGGAUUCGCAACAUCACGCACACUAAUACGGUGACGACCGUGUAUGAAGAGGGGGGUCGUCCCUCGGUGCGCCGCACAUCCACCCGAACCUCCAGCCCAAGUCCACCCAGACCACCCCGCCGAGGACGGGGCCGUGGCCGAGCCCGUGGACGAGGUCGUAGUAUAUAAAAACAGGGACCUUUCUUCCCCUGUCCCAAAAAUGUGUGGCCGUUGUCGAUACGCGAUGGGACGCAAACGCCAACGCAGGACGACACGACGACGACCACGUCGACGGAGGAUCAAGGGUGGGAAGGCACCGUUUGUCGUGGAUGUCAAAAAAGGCUUCAAGUUGUUGACAGACCCGGCUAUGUGGAAGAUUCCGUCCAAAGCCGACGUCAAGGCCGACAAACAACGGGUGGCCAACUAUAAACGCCAGUAUCGCGCGAGUGGUACUAAGGACUCGUACAACAAGUGGUUGGUCAAGAAGGGGUAUGCCAAAAAAGUGGGUGGGUGCAGCUUGAUGUGACAUGUAUAAAAAGAGACUUGCGGUGCUCCGCUCUCCAAACGAGUCGUCAUGGGACGAAAACGCAAACGCAGGACGACACGACGUCGACCGCGGCGUGUGACCUAUAGUCAAGUAGGAGGUGUCGCGCCUGGCCUGCCCCUAGGCAUUCUCAAAGCCGGUUAUGCUGGUACCAAAGCCAUCGGGGAGCAUCAAACCAAGCGUGCCAUCAAAAUUGGUGAAAAACGUCGACGGGAAGUGGCUUCAGGCAAACGGAAAAAAUAUGCGGGGGAAUCCUUUAAUUGUUCCAUUAUGUAAAAAAACUAUAAAAGACUCAAGGGGUGUCCUCCUUCGGACAGAUCAUCAUUAUGCAUUGUGGUCCACGACGACGAAAACGACGCCGAAAGCAACGCGGGGGUAUUCUCCCGUUUCUCAUCCCCGCAGCGGUGGCUGCCGCCGUCCUCAUGAAGAAGAAAAAGAAAAAGAAAGUGGGCAAGAUGAGUGCCGCCAAUCAACGACUGGCCCAACGACGAGUCCAGCGGAUGUUCAAUCGAAUGCCGGGUUGGGCUGGUUCGAAACGCUGAAAAGGCUAUAAAAGAAACGCUGGGUGGGACACACGAUUCUCAUUGAAGAAUGGUUCGUGGACCCAACGGUCGCCGACAUCGUUAUGUCCCUCGAAUACGACGCCGCCGACGUGGACGCCAACGCGGUGCUAAACUCCCGCUUUUGGCAAUGGCUCUCUCGCCUUUGUAUCUCCGGAAAUUCAAACCCAGAAUCCGACUACGACGCCCAGACUAAACGACGCCCAAAACGCAAAGCCGUCACGUUUGCGUUGGAUUGGGAUGACCAGUAUGACGCCGCUUUGUGUGCCCGGUGUCGACAUCACAUGCAAACGCAUUAUCAUGGUGAAUUGUGUGGUCGGUGUGGCGCCAUUUUUACCAUAAAUAGACCUUGGUCCCUGCCUGAACUCAAGAUUCAUCAUGGGGUGGCGCAUGGAACGUCAAGCCCCGUUCUUAAAAAGUGUCUUACGAGAAGCCAAUCAACACAAACGACAAGAAUUGUUGCGGAUGGCCAAUGCGGAUCAGAUCAAUGCUGUCAGUGAAUUGGUGAUGAACACGCUGCGUGGCACGGUGCCCCGUUCCCGACAGACCAUUACAUUGCUUAAACCUCACGCUCAGAGUUUACGCGCCAUGGCUAAACCCGCUCAUUCCGUCAAACGCCGACGCGCUAUCAUGAUGGCUCAAAAAGGGGGUGCCCUUUGGCCGGAACUCUACCGAUGUUAUAAACGUUGCAUGCGCUAGACAAGACCCCUCAGUUGCACCAUGGAACCCGAGAUGGUGAGCACCACGGUGAACAACGCCCCGGCUUUUUUACAAUUACGAGACCAGUACAAACAAGAAUUGGUGGAAGACACUCGCUUGACCAAAGCCGCCGAUUUAGCCGCCAAACAACAUGUCCUCUUGACCAGUGAUGCCCCCGAUGCCUGGAAACGGCCUCAACUCAAAGCCGUUAGUCGUCAAUUACGCCAUUGGACUAAAAAAGUGCGCCAACCGUUUGGAGCUGCUGCUGGGGGUGUGACUGCUGCCGGGGCCACGACGCCGGGCGACGAUGAUUUUGAAGCGGGUCCCAUGCAAGCCUGGUUUACGCAAUUGGUCAAGGCCACCCAGGGUAUAAAACAAGGCACCCCCACUGGUGGACCCAGAAAACCCCUUGUCCCGCCUAAACCAAGGUUCACCCCUAGUGCCAAAAAGAAACUCAAGUUUACGACCCCGUUGAGCAGUGAAGAAUUGGCGGAAGAGUUGCCCUUUUCCGAGGCGCCUGGAACAGCCCCGUGGGAAACCCCCAAAGAACGUGCAGACACCAUUACGCAAUCAUUCAAGCGCGGGAUUCGUAAAAGAGCCGCGGACAGUGCUAAAAAGAAAGCUGCGGGGGUCGCCAAAAAGAAAGCCGCUGGUUGGGCCAAGAAAGCCUUGGAUUGGAAAUCGUGGAAAACCCCCUAA